AAUUUUUCUUCACAAUAUUGCCGAACAAGCUGAGCUAGAAGCUCAAUAUGAUUUGUCACGAUUUGAUGCACCUCUAUUAAGAUCUCUUCCAUUUACUCGUAGGCUUAGUGAAUCUCGGGAAAUUUCACAUCUCAACUUCAGAAAUCUUUCUCAUGAUGUUAAAUCACGAAUUCCAUCUCAUUAUUUCAAAGCUAUCUUGGAAUUCCUAAAGGACGACAUAUCAACUCUUUAUACUUGUCUUUUUGUCAAUUUCUCUGUCUAUCAACUCGUUAUUCCUUUAUUAUGGCGUCGACCUUUUCAUCAUACCGUUUCAAAGUCUCGACUUGCCGGCGCAAGCCUAAUUCAAGUUUACUUAUCUUUUCUUUCUGAUAAUGAGAUUGGUCGAUUGAUCGAUUCCGGAAUUCAUCUACGUGCUAUUUAUAAUUUCUUUCGACUUCUAAUAAUUUCAACACCGAAACUUAAGGCUUUAUUUGAACGAAAAAAUUACAGAGUAGUCUUAGAAGUAGUAGCAGCUACCCACU